AUGUUCGAUCCGGUCCUUCCUUCGUGUCCUAGUCUUUCAAAUACCCCUUUUUUGGUUCAACUUGCUUAUUUUGUAAUCCUUUCCUUGGUUGGAUAUUUGGCUUUGAAGGUUUCAAAGCCGAGAACUGCGAGCUCAUUUAGGCCUGCAAGCCUUGACAUCUUCUUCACUUCUAUUUCUUCUACAACGAGUUUCAAGCAUGUCAACGGUGGAAAUGUAGGGAGAUGGGUUGUGGCCAUUUGCUCUCUUUUGCUCAUUCAUGUCUUCGGCUUUUACGGUCUUGGGGUUCAUAAUGGUGCGGUUUAUACUUUUUUGCUCUAUGGAGUGGAAUUCGGGAACAAUGGAUGGUCCGAAUUCCUAUCGGAAGGUGAUGGUUGCAUUGUUUCGGGUUGUAAAUUCAAGGCACUCCGGUACCUCCCACCAUACACUUCAUUUUUGCUAGUAAAGCAACAGGAAGAGGUUGUUUCAGGAACUGAGCAAAAACGCAAAAGACAAAGGAAAUCUUUGGUUCAGUGCCUUUUGUUCUCACCUUUAUCUUACUUGGCCAUCUUUGUGAUUCUCAUUUGUAUCACAGAGAAAGAAAAGUUGAAGAAAGACCCCCUCAACUUUAAUGUGCUCAACAUCACCGUAGAAGUCGUAAGUGCAUAUGGAAAUGUUGGGCUCUCAACUGGCUACAGCUGCAAACGACAACUUGAACCAGACAACCUGUGCAAAGAUGCAUGGACUGGACUUAUCUUAAUUUAUGGUGAACGCUUAGCAAUAGCCUUCAUAGAUGAAUUUGGUGGAUCAAGUAAAGAUGGUGUGGAGCCUGCGGCCUUGCUAGUUUACCCCGAGAAAAACAUAGAUUAUGUAUCAAAGAAGCUUGGAACAAAGAAAAAUAGAGAUUACGCCAUGGUCAAUACUGUUUUUCCAUAA